CGAAACUCGUCGAUAAUCUCAAGUCCGCGAUAUUUAAGGUUAAACGCGUCAGGGCGGCUCGAAAAAGAUCGGGAUAUUGGGACUCGUCGUCGCGAAUGUCGUCGUCGAGAGGUUAUAAAAUCGCACCUGCCAUCGCGAGAUAUCGUUGUUGGAAUUCCGGCAACCGAAUCGCGUCCAUUCAACAUUCCUCGAGAGAUUCGCGCGCGAAGGAUCACGUUCGCGAAAUUGAAGGAUCAGCUCUUCGGGACAACUUCAGAUCGAUCUGGAAUCGUAACGGGUGGCGCUGAGACGCGCGCGCGAGAGGUUAACGCGAGGACCAGUGCUCGUUAUCUCUCAUCGUGAAUACGCGCUCGUUCCUUCCUUCGUCGCGUCACUUUAAUUCCUCCCCACACGGGAGAUCGAUGCGAUCUGACAUGCAAUUUGGUGGCUCCCGAAUAGAGCGCGCCGACCGUUCCGCGCGGAAGGACAGUGUCCUAUCCGUCUGGCGCUACCGAUCUGUCAGCUGGCUGACGGCUGACCGAGAACGAUAAAACGCGUUCUUAUCGUCGCCGCUUGUCUUUCCGUGCCACUUUCACGAGCAUCGCGUGCGCGAAUAUCGAAACAACCUGCUUCUACGAGACUGUGAGCAUUCUAGGUUAGGUCGAGCACCAUCGACAUAUAUGGGUGACAUAAGCUUACCAAAGAGAAAAUCUGUUCCGAAGGAAAAAUGGCGCUCAAGUAUGUUAGCUGUACUUCUUCUUAUUGAAUCUCGAAGCAACGUUGACAAACAUAAAAGUCGGGACGACAUCGAUGAAGCAUCUUCGAAGGAAGUCCUUGUUCACUACGUAGCUCUUAAAACGUUCCUCUUGCAAGAGAGAAUUCACGACGGUGGAAAUCGUGCGAUAGAAAUCGUAGUCCGAGUGCUUGUGACGCUCAAGAAGCGAUUUUGAUUCGAGAAAUUGAAGCUUGAUCCAAAAACAGAAGGACUUGCAUCUAGCCGAGGCUACCUCUCUUCCGAUCUAUUAUAUUUUCCAUAAUUGAAAAGUCGAGAAUGAAUCUCUUCGCGCGCGCGAAAUGCGAUACGGUGAGACUAAUAAGUGCGUAAAACGCGUAAAGUGAUAAUUGAGGAAAUACUAACGAUCGGAAGUAGUCGCAAAUCGGCUGUGAAUGCAUCGAUCGACUGAGAUCACCCGCGACUAUUGAAUCGAAGUCAAGGUAUCUCGGAGACGUGGAAUCGUUAGAAUUCACGGUGGGCGGAUCUUCGAAAUCCACAUUUGCCGCAGGUAUUCAGUACCUGCACGUUAUACGCAACAGGAAUCAAAGUGCGGUGCCCCAAUUUCAGGGGUGAGAUGGCCUUCAUGAUGAAGAAGAAGAAGUACAAAUUCUCAGUGGAGGUCGACCUCGAGGAACUCACGGCCGUACCGUUCGUUAGUGCUGUACUCUUUGCCAAGCUGAGACUCCUGGAUGGCGGUUCAUUCGUCGAUCAUUCCACUAGAGAGGAAGUGCAGGAGCAUACAGUGAGAUGGAAUGCGAAGUUCGAGUUUUUAUGCAAGAUGAGCGCCAAUGCAUCCACAGGCGUGCUAGAUCCAUGCAUUUUAAGGAUAUCCGUGAGAAAGGAAUUGAAAGGAGGCAGAUCCUUCCAGAAAUUGGGUUUCACCGAUUUAAACCUGGCCGAAUUCGCAGGAGCUGGUCUCUGCCGAAGAAGAUGUCUUCUAGAGGGAUACGACGCGCGACAUCGUCAGGAUAACUCCAUGCUGCGUGUAGCCAUCAAAAUGAAUAUGCUCUCUGGAGAUAUUCUGUUUAAAGUACCUUCCCCGUCAUUAAAGCAGACACAGCUAGCAGUGCCUGGGGUGCAAGGUGUACCUGGCGUUACCGGUGACGAGGUGACAGUAUCCGAGAGAUGUACUACUCGAGAGGAUUACGUGUCUACCGGCUCGCUGGCGGGAAGUAUAGCUAGCGCCAGUAGCGGUUUUGGUAGUCUUCCCAAAAAGAGGCCCGCACUCUUCGCCUCCGAACUCCUUAGCGGCACGGAGACGUACGACCCGAUGACUAUUAGCGAGAUCGUACCCUCAGCAAUUCCUGUGGAAACUCUCGUGGAAACGCACACGGAAUCAGGUCACUCGCGCAACAGCAGCAACACCAGCCAACUUAGCAAAGGGUCUGGCUACGGUUCUUUGAACUCGCAUAGCCAACACAGCAGACAGAGCAGUAGCGGUGACAGCGGUCACAUUAGCCUCAAGCGACUUCCACAUUUUCAGUCUCUCGACUCUAACUACGAAACUCUGGACUCUCUAUAUUUUUUUUACUUUACGUCACCCUCCUGGCCGGUAUGGGCACCACGAAUUCCCAACUCCUUCCAAAACACGUCUGCACAACCGAUUGACUGUCGACCCGACUCCUGUAUCGAACCCUUGUCAUCGCACCCACCUUCCUUAUCGCAGGUGGCUUCCAGAACUAGAUUUUGGUCAACGUCUAGCCCUCUCUCUUCGCGUAGCGGUUUGACAGAUAUGGAAAAUGUAUCGUCGACGACCAGCAUUAUCGCGAACAACGUUUAUUCGGUCGGAAAGCAACAGCCGCUUUACGCAAUCGGCAACGGUUUCUUGAACAAAAUGAGCAAUUCGCGACCAAACGAUUGUGAUAACGACGCGAACGCAGACGUCCUAGUGGCGCCCGGUAUCUUCAGGAUGCCCGACGUGCCGCGACACUCGCGUAAAAAUUACGAGAGAGGCAGCUUCGAGACGCGUAACGAACGUAACGCAAUGAUGAGCUCGAUUGCCAAGGAGAAUGAUCGGCUACAGAAUAACGUCUUUCCGAUCGCGAAGCCGAGAAUUAGCGCCACGGGUUGGCGCGGUAUGUCGAAAACCUGCGAUUGCAUCGAGAAAGGCAAAACGAGUCCGGUCUUGCGACUGGUCGAUCAAGCCAGAGCCGUAUCCUCUCCCGAUCCUCUCCAUAGGCCCGACAAUCAAAGAGCUCUGCUACAUCCCGCGAUGACAGCUCAGACCCUCAGAAAUCCUUCCGGCGGUUCGGGUCUCAGUGAAACUGGAUCCCUAGACCGUGCUAAGGCCGCAAUGGAACGUAGGAAAAAAGCGGAAGACGGUACUGGUAAUCCUAUCCUCUGUAGAGUUGAAGUCACCAGGCCGAAUCCUGACUCUCUCAUUGACGAACUGCUUAAAGCAACGAAUCUGGAGCAAACGGAUCUUGAAAGUUCCGAGACAACUGGUCUUCAACUCUUUAUCGCAAAAGACGGGACGACCGCACUUGGCAGUCACGAGGUGAAGAGCCAAAUGCCUGCCGGUGUGUUCAAGCAGGUGGUAAUGGAGGAGAACAACAGGUAACACGAAGCUAUCACCACGAGACGGCAAUAUCCAAGACAGUCCAGCGCCACAUUCUCUUUGGCCCUGGUGCCGGAGCUCGUCUAUGAAGCCUACGAGCCACGGUAGUUAGGAAGACGACGACGAUGUCGACGGACAGGAAAUCAUCGACUCGGAAGAAACAAUCAAAUGUGAUGAUCGUAUUCUCGAGAUAGUGCCGGAUUAUUCUUUUAUUAGAUCGUUUGAAAUUAUUACAAAGAAAAAAGAAAAAAAAAUAUAUCUUGACAAAUUUGCGCGAAUUGAACUGAUAUUUGUCCAUAGCGCUGGUUGUUCGUACGAAAUCCAUUGUAUUAAUUCGCAGGACUGAGAUUAAUCAUCUUGUGAGCGCAUGUAAAUUCCGUGAAACAUGAACAAUAAUUGAGAAACUUACGAGAUAUUGUUACAAUGUGUUUUAAAUGUUUUAAUACGGCCGGUUCGAAAGUAAAACAUUUAUACAGGAUUUCGAAUUUUUCAGAAUUCCGUGUAACGAACGAAAUCUGUACGCACAGCGAUUGUAGCGAACGAUUCAUAAUGUCAGCCGUGCGUGCGGAGUAGUUAAAGACGAUGACAGACAAUGGCUGUUUGUAAUAUCGAGCGAAAUAGAUGCGUGUUUUCAAAACUAACUCAAAGACAAAUACAUAUACAUAUUUUCUUCCUUGUGAAAUGAAGCACAAUGAUCCUCGUCAAGCGUGCUUUACGCUUGAUAGGAGCGUUAGUCAAUGAAGUUUAACUGAGAGAGAGUUACAGUGUAAUAUAAAGGAUUAUAGUUACAAAAAAAGAAAAUAACAGGCUAAACACGGUCAAGGUCCGACGAAACUUUGCGAUGGAAAGUAACAUCUAUAGGCAAAACUUAAGCGCCAACUUUAUUUAUUUGUCUAUAGCUGUCUAUAGCCGACGAUGAUAUCUCGUCACAUGUGUAACGUGUGCGGUGUAAAGCUAGAGAAAUAAGGGUUACAUUGUUAUGUGUAAAAGUAUUCUUAACAGCAUUUCCAAUAAUAUUAGCCAAACGAAGAAUGUUUGGUUGAUUUUACUGAUGUUUCCUUUGAGAAUUAAUAUUUUACAAUUUCUGUGUAUUCAAAAUUUAUUUAUGUCAUAUUGUAUAGCAUAUAAUUUUUAUUUUUUCUGAUUAAUUUUUUGCGCUGCGAUCUUUUAUCAUUUAUGAAAUUAUUGCGUGAAAUUAAUUAAUUAAAAGAGCAGCGUUCGUUUUUUCGAGUGACGAGCUGAAAGAUGAAGCUAAUUGAGCUGAAAUAAAUGAAUUAAUCAGUUAAAGAAAAUAUAUUAUAAAGAAAAUAAUGUAAAUUUAUAUUUUUUUAGAUAUUACACAAUGUAUAUAUAUAUUUGUGGAAUUACAGAAGUGAUCUACGAUUUCUUUGUAUAAUAUAUUGCUUUUGAAUAUCUUUGCUUUAAGAAAAUAGGAUACAGUAUUAUUCUUCCUGAGCUGUUCGUGGAUUUUAAUAGAUUUCUAAAUUCUAAGCGCCAUUCUUUGGUGGAAAUAUAAACUUGGAAAUAUUUUUUGUGUAAUGUAAUUUCUCGACUAAAUAUAAUUUACCUAACCAUUAUUUUAUUAUCGUGUUCGACGAUGGAUGUGAAUCUUCGUUUCGUCGAACCUUCUCCAAAGGCCCAGUGAAUUUUUCAAUUGGCGCGUGACCGGCUCUACCCGGUAGAAUAAUUUGUAUAUAGUAGUAGAGUAAUUGUUAUGUAGCUAAAUCGCUGGUGUUGUAUACAUGCAUUCUCUCCGUACUCGAGUAAUUUAUAAGUGCUACUGUAUAUUGUGCUGAUGUAUCAAAAAGUAUGCUAAAACACGUGUGUGUGCUGCGUAUGUGCGUGUGUGUUUACAUGUGCCCCUUUUUCGAAUGUUUUACGAAAAAGGAAGGAUCAUUGUGAAAUGCGUGUGUCUGAAUUGGUUUGGUAAGAUAGCGAGUACUUUUAGCGCCCGCGAAGUCCAUUUCGCAAAUUAGUCUGAGCGUUUUAGUUCUUGCAGUUUGUCGCAGAAAGAGAGAGAGAGAGAGAGGGAGGGAGGGAGAGAGAGAGAGAGAGAGAGAGAGAGAAAGUAGAAGGAUGAAAUUGUGUGCACAAAAAAAACGCUUCUGUGGAAUGCUUCGAAGCCAUUUGCCAGUACGGUUUUUCAAUACCGAUCUUGAAUACACUUGAACGAUCAGCUAGCGACUUCCUCUCGAGAAUUUUCAAAGUAUCUCUCGUCGGGUUUAGCUUUCAAGAUCGAGUCCGUUUAAUUGCACCAGUCUCAGAAAGACUGUAGAAGCAAUAUUUGUUGGACUACCCAGUGACAGAUUUGUGUACCCGAUCGUAAAUCACAUAUUUAAAAUGAGCAGCCAUUACAUGCUGCAAUGUCGCUGUAAUGGUAUUGUUUUUCUUAUAGAUAGAUCGAUACGUUUCUUCCUGUUGCUGCGUUUUUUUCUUCUUUCUUUUUACGUGUGUACGUUUCUUCUUAUAUAAAUAAUAUUCGAGUGUCGUUCGAUACCACUUUCAAUUCUGUACGAUCAUGACUAUAUCAAUGUCACUUGCGAAUUCCAUCGUAUAAGUGACUUUCGAGUUUCUACUGCUAUGGUGGGAUCUAGUCCAAUCUUGUAUAUUUCAUAAAAUAACAGAAAAAUUGUUUAUCUUUAAAAAAUAUAUGAAUAAAAGAACACAAUAA